AUGGUAGCCUCUAAAUUGUAUGUUCAAGGAGUUGAUGAUGCUACAUGGUGCAAGAACUUUCCAGCCACGUUGAAAGGGGUAGCUCAAAAAUGGUUUAAGAAUCCGCCGCCUAACUCGGUGAAUAAUUUUACUGAGUUAAGUAUUUUGUUUACCAGUCAUUUUGUCGCAAAUCGACAAGAGCAGAAGACCAGCAUGCAUCUAGGAAAGGUCGUCUCAGGACCUAAGGAAGCUCUAAGAACUUAUGUGAAGAGAUUUAAUCUAGAAGCAUUGCAGAUCCAGGAUCCGAAUACAGGAGUAGCGUUUGACACUUUCAUCCGGGGUUUAAGACUUGGAAGUUUUAAGUUUGAUUUGGUGAAAAAGAAGAUAUCCACCUUGACUGAGGCUCUGCAGGAGGCUGGAGCCUUUAUUCAUGCUACAGAUGUUUAUACAGAGGCAAAGCAGCCAGAGGCAAAGAAAGUUGAAGAAAACAUCCAGCCGAAAAAGAACAUCCCUAAGAAAGCUGAAACUUGGGCAGUGACCUCAAUGACAACUUCAUCUAGAAGAAGCAAAAAAUCUGAAUCGGCAUCAUCAGCUGAGCCUAUAGAGUUCAGCAAAGAUCAGUACUCUCCAUCCUCAUGGAGAUCAAAGAUCAAUAUGAGCUUAAGGCGCCAGCAUAAAGGAAGACGACUUACAGGAAUCGAGAUAAAAGCAAGUACUGUCAUUUCCACAAAGAUUUUGGUCAUGAGACGAAUGAGUAUAAGCAUCUGA